GUGACUUUCUAAAGAUGGCCGCGCCCUGUAGCCGAGGGGUGUGACAGAAUUUGAGUUGUACAACAUUCUGGAUGACAGUUAAGAAGCAGGCAGCAUUGUGCCACUGACAUCUAGGACAAGUAAACAUCAUCUCUACACUUAUUCAACCAUUGUAUCAUCUACCCCAUAAUGGAAAAGGACGAUCUAUUACUCCCCAAAGACUUCCCUAAGUUGAAGAAUGAUGCAUUCCUCCGUGCAUGCCAAGGCCAGGAGACCCCUCAUGUGCCUGUGUGGUGUAUGAGACAGGCUGGACGCUACCUGCCAGAGUUCCGUGAGUUCAGAGCGGGGAAGGACUUCUUUGAAACGUGUCGGUCACCUGCAGCCUGCUGCGAACUAACUCUCCAGCCAUUGAGACGUUUCCCAUUUGAUGCUGCCAUCAUAUUCUCAGACAUCCUGGUUAUCCCACAGGCCAUGGGUAUGGAUGUCCAGAUGGUGGCAGGAAAGGGUCCUACGUUCCCAGAGCCCCUAAAGGAGCCAGAAGACCUGCUGCUCCUGCAGCCCAAGGUGGACGUCAACAAGGAGCUGGGCUACGUCUUCAAGGCCAUCACACUGACACGCCACAAACUGGAGGGCAAGGUCCCUCUGAUCGGCUUCACAGGUGCCCCGUGGACCCUAAUGGCCUAUAUGAUUGAGGGGGGAGGCUCAACAACCCACUCCAAGGCUAAGCGCUGGCUGUACCGCCACCCUGAGGCCAGCCACAAGCUGCUAAAGAUGCUGACUGAUGUCAUCGUAGAGUACCUGCUGGGACAGGUGGCUGCUGGGGCACAGGCCUUGCAGGUGUUUGAGUCCCAUGCUGGCUGUCUGGGCCCAGUGGAGUUCCAGGAGUUCUCCCUGCCCUACCUCCGAGACAUCGCCCGUAAGGUCAAAGACCAGCUGAAGGAGUCAGGCCAGAAUGUCCCCAUGAUUGUGUUUGCCAAGGAUGGCCACUAUGGUCUGGAGGACCUCUCUCAGUCCCACUAUGAGGUUGUUGGUUUGGAUUGGACCAUCGAUCCAUGCUCAGCACGGGAGCGGACGGGAGGAAAGGUUAGUCUCCAGGGGAACAUGGACCCCUGUGCACUCUAUGCCCCCAAGGAGCGUAUAUCAGAGAUAGUGAAGAAGAUGCUGGAAGGCUUUGGCACCAGAGGGUACAUAGCUAACCUGGGCCACGGACUGUACCCUGACAUGGAUCCAGAGAAUGUGGGUGCCUUCGUAGAAGCUGUCCACACUCACUCUCGCCACCUCAACCACAAGUAACACCCCCGUCACCUGGCAACAUUGACCACAGUCAUCAUACUAGCAGAGAGCAGCACCCGAAGAAACAAGCAACAUUGCAUUGGAUUAUAGAGACGAUGUAUUAUGUAUUCACAGAAAUCUAAUGUACCAACAGGUCUUAUCAAGUAUGUUAUCCCAGGACAAAUCCAGACUUAUAUGAUUUUUUUCUUCUGGAAAUAAUAUUUUGGUUAUAUUCUAUAGAUAAUCCUUGGACAAAAGAAAAACAUUAAAGUAGUGCACGACCCUGUAAUAUUU